AUGUUCCUAGAGGGGACAAGGACUACAGUAGGUCGGCGGCUCCUGCGUCUAAGAGCUGAAAGACCCGCUGGGGUGACCAAGAUUCGACGGCCAAGAGCGGGAAGGACGACCACCGCCGCUCUACCCAGUCUUAGCGAGGGCGCGGCACCGGAGAUGGCGGGCGAGGGCAAGCCGCGGAGACCCAGCCUACCAGGUCUUCGCCGGCGAGCUGCCACCGCCGGAGCAGGAGUCAGAGCGCAGAACGUCAACAGCGCACCAAUCCUUCGUCUAGGCGUGGUCGCAGCCGGAGCGGAGACCAUCGUGGGAGAAACACGCCUUCGUCUAGGCGUAGCCGCAGCCGGAGCCAAGACCGGAGCGGGGGCAACAGCAGGGCGACCAGCACUGACAGCGGUCGCGGCGCAAAAGGAAGACGUAAGUCAGGCCACGGUUGAAAACCAUCUGCGCAAGGAACCGGCAGGGCCCUGGAGGUACGCCUUCUUCAUCCAGAAAUUGGCGGCUGACUGAGACACUCAAGACAAGAGCUCGGGGAUUGAUCGUCUUCGCGGUUAUGGCGUAUCCAACGGCGAGACUUACUUAAAAUACAUUCGUUGCUGUAAGGCUCUGGCCAUGACCGUCAUGGUUGCUCACCACGCGUUCAAGCCUUCGGAUGCGCAAGUGCAGAUAGCCGUUCGAGACUCCAUGUUGAAGCAGUUUCCGGUAGUGUCUGGGCAGGUGUACAAGGAUGAGCAGCUCCCCAUGGAAACCCCUUUUGGGCGACAUGCUUCGUGUCUGGAUGAUAUGUGGGAUGUGUUGGACAAGCGUGCGUUCGCGCACACGCCGGCGGUGCAUGGAGACGAUUUCUUUUUGGCAUCUUCCACGAAUGCUAGGAGUUCGUCUUCUGUUUCGCGUGCUGUAGCUUCUUCGGCGUUGCGUUCGACGGUGGCCCCUUCGUGGAGCCAGGGCUCUUCGGCCGCCGUGAUGAGUGUUCACCCUCUACUUACUGAU